UGUCUGUCCUUGUCUAAUUGACAUGACCUAACCUUCCUGUCCUUGCAUUUAUGCGAGCGGUUGUAUGGAGAAAUUUGACAAUUAGAAAUUAAUUCUGUUUACUUCAAGACACAGUGAUUGUGCUUCUUCGAUGCAAUAAUAUAUUAUUUGAUUAACGCAUAAAUUUAUGAAAUAUUCGAGAAUGGCUGAAAUUGAUAUUUUCGACAAUAACGAAGAGCAACUGCCUCAAGAUCUCGGUGACGAUGUCGUCCAGGAGGUUCUCAAAACUGGCACCGAUUUGCGUCAAUAUUCUAGGCAAAUCGAAAAGGAGCUGAAAGAAGUCGAGAACAAAUCAAUCCAAGAUUAUAUUAAGGAGAGUCAAAAUAUAGCUAGCUUGCACAAUCAGAUCGCCGCUUGUGACAAUAUUUUGGAGAAAAUGGAGUCAAUGUUGAUGAAUUUUCAGUCAGAUCUAGGUAGUAUUAGUUCAGAAAUACUUUCCUUGCAACGUAAAUCUGUUACUAUGAGUCAGCAGCUGUCUAAUAGACAGCUAAUACGUGGUCCACUUAGUCAGUUUAUUGAGGACAUGACUGUAUCAGAAACUCUAAUUGCAGGCAUUAUGGAUUGUCCUGUGACUGAGAAGGAAUUUUUAAUUCAGCUGCAAACUCUCAAUCAUAAAAUUAACUUUGUGAAAGAACAAAGUUUUAAAGAAGCAAAGUCAUGUUUUGAUGUAAAGGAUAUAUUAGAGAAACUGAAGGUGAAAGCAAUGGCAAAAAUUAGAACUUACCUGCUGGAGCAAAUUUAUAAGUUCAGGAAGCCAAUGACGAAUUAUCAAGUGCCACAGAACAAUAUGUUGAAAUAUAAAUUCUUUUUUGAGUUUAUUAUGGCAAAUGAAAGAAAUGUGGCAGAGGAAAUCUGUGGAGAAUACAUUGAUACCAUGAGCAAAAUAUACUACUCGUACUUUAAGUCUUAUUCGUCAAGAUUAAUAAAAUUGCAGUUUGAGGAGAAAGCUUCGAAAGAUGAUUUAAUGGGAGUUGAAGAUACAGCAGGUAAAAGCAUGUUUCAUAAAACAACAUUAAAACAUAAAGGUACUGUCUUUUCUAUAGACACAAGGGGUGAAGUUUUGUCUUCGCAAUUAGAAGCACCCAUAAUUGUUCCACACACUGCUUCUAAGAUGCGAUAUCAUUAUGAAGCUUUGUUUAGAAGUGAACAAUAUGCUUUGGUUGACAACGCCUGCCGAGAAUAUCUAUUCCUCACUGAGUUUUUCAAAGUCCGUAAUAUGCAGGCAUUGGAUAUUUUUAAUCAGGUCAUGGGGAAAACGUUGAAUCUCAUGAUUAAGAACUUGCAGUCGUUUGUUGACGACUGUUACGAUACAAUUGCCCUGUUCCUUUGCUGGCAUUUAGUGAUGCGUUAUCAAUUAACGUGUCAUAAGAGAGCAGUACCAGCAUUGGAUAAACACUGGGAAACUUUGACAGCUAUAAUUUGGCCUAGAUUCGUAUAUGUGUUUCAAUUAAAUAUCAAGAGUAUACAAAUGUGCGACCCGAUAAAAUUCAACAAGGAAACUGGUCCGCAUUAUAUUACUAGGAGAUAUGCAGAGUUCAGCGCUGCAAUGGUAAGUAUAGUCGAAGGAUUUCCUUGCGAAGGGGCAACUCAGUUAUUAGCAGAACUGAGGGAAGCUGUGCAGUGCUUCUUGUUCAAAAUGGCGGCUAUUUUUCCAAGCAGAACGCAGCAAUUAGUAUUUCACAUCAACAAUUGCGAUCUGGUGCUUGGUGUAUUAAUGGAGAGAACGCAAGAUCCUUCGAAGGAAGCGGAGAGCUUCCGCGAGCAGUUGAACACGUGUUCCGUCGAGUUCGUCGAAGAGGUGUUGAGCCCGCACUUUGGCGGUAUAAUUCAGUUGCUAAAGGAGUCCGAGGUCUUGCUGGAAAAGGGUCAGACCGACGACUUGAAACGGCAGGAGGGAAAAGCGCUAGCUCUUGUACAAUCCUUCACGAACAAUUGGAAACGAGCGUUGGAGGAGAUAUACCGGGAAGUGUUGCGCUCGUUUCCCAGUCUCGUACUAGGCGGCAUACUGGUGCAACGUGCGAUGACGCAGUUGGUACAGUACUAUCAUCGUCUUCAUAAGAUCUUGCCGCCGAACGCGCGCACGCAACUCACGAAUAUCCACCAUAUCAUGGUGGAGAUUAAGAAAUAUAAGACGAAUUAUUAGACGAAUCGCCGAUGAACUUAGUCUUGCUUGAACUUUCAUAUAAAAAUUAACUGUCGCUUGCUCAUUGAAAGCAACCUAUUCGUUAUAUUGUAUAUAUUAAACGAACCAGAGCAUAAUAAUUCUCUAAAGUGAUUAUUAUUUAUUAUACAAUAGGAUGUAAAAAUUUUUUAUUUUAAGUUCCUGCUUCUUCGCCGCAGAUCUCUUUAUUAAUGACGUCAGGAACGAGAAAAUACACACUGACAGUCCUUGCAAAGUAUGAUGAAGUAAAAGUGAAAUGCCGUUCCAUAGAUAUAUCUUUUUAUUUCGUUAUCUGUAGCAAUUUUUAGUAUGAAUUUCCUCGCUUCUGUCAUCAUAAUUCAAAAUAGUUGCGGCGGGAAAACAUGAACCUUAAUGAGAAUGUUUAGAAGUAUGAGGUAAUAUUCUUGUAAAUAUAUGUAAUAAUCGUAGGGAAUAGAUUCUGUACAUUUAUUUAUAAAAUAAUACAAGCUAUAAGAUAAUACUAAG